CCUAUCGAUAGCGUGCAAAAGUAUAGACUCGUGAAAACGAUAGAAAAGGGUGCGCUUAUGUAUCUUCGCCAACCUUAUGGAUCGAGGUAAUAUAUAUUUUUGACUUUGAAUCAUUUGAUGUGAUACUCAGGGUGGGAACUUAUUAUUGGCUCGUGAUGCGUUGCGCACUGCUGGUCAUGAAUUAUCUUUCCAGUUGCUAAUGUCUGAGCUUUCCAACCUUAGUGAUUUUGCUUUGUGGUAUUUCAUAAAACAGUUUAGUAAUCCUUCGUCAAUAUUAGUAGCCGUGUUGUAAGUUAGAGGACAAUUUAUGCUAAAACCUCUGCAUGUAUUUUUUCUCAAUAUUAUUAUUUAGGUUUUUACCCCUCAACACAACACAUAGAGAUGAUGAUGAUGGAGCCUAGCUGAUUUAAGAUUUAGAUAUUCUUUGCCUGUAACUAUAGACAAGAUAUCCCCUUGUUGUGUUUGUUGUCUAAAUUGUUUGUGUACUUUAGUGACAUCAAGUGAUAGGAUAUUAGUUCAACAUGCACACAAGCAAUAUAUUUGAUUCAAUAUUCAAUGCAGUUUCUAAGAAACAGCAAUGUCUUUAUGCAUUUUGUUUCCAUUUUAAUCAAUGUUCAUGAUAAAGAUUUUAAAAUGGGCUAACUACUGAGCCAAAAACUAUUAUACAUAUUUUUAUUUUAGUUACAUUGCUGUCAUGGAUUGUUCUAAAACCCAGUACUACUUGAAUGGGGACUGCCUCCCUUGUCUGCAAUGUGGACCAGGACAAGAGCUGUCAGAGGUGGGUAUUAUAAAAUUAUAGAGGAAUAUUUUUGUAGUGAAAGAGAAAGUACUGGAUUUUUACAAAGGUCAAAAUAUAGAUAGGCCUGGUGCUGGCUACACACACUGAUUCAUCUCCUUUCCAGUGCAGCCAUGUCUAGUAGCCUGUCAGCUCAUCUGAGCAGCAACAGAAAUUACUGCAGAACUGGGAUUUGUGGUUACUAUGAAACCAUAAAGAGUUUGGUUUGUAUGUGGUGAUCACACUCUAAAAUAAUCCCACUGGCAGAGAGAACUUUGUUCCAAGUCCACUUGGCAGGCCUGCUAACACAUCUACAACAUAACGUUCUGAGAACCAUAUGUUUCUUAGAGCUUGGUGAGAGCAUGGUUGUCCUAUGUUUCUUUUGUAUACAACCUUCCCACAACUUUCUGGAAAUGGUGCUGGAUAGUUGCUUGGCUUUGGAACAUUCUCAGCACAUUUAAGGAAUUUGACAAUAAAACUAGAUUUACCUGGUAUUUCAUUACUUUAACAGAACGUUUCCUAAAAGUUCAAACAUGGUUACAUUUCCUUUCAAUUUUGGUAAUGUUCUAGGAACAUUCUCUAACUGGUUUGCCAUUUGGAAUGUUCUCAAAUAGUUAAGAGAAAGUUAAGAAACAAUGUUCUUCUGUGGGAAUUGCAGUACUUUAGCAUAACAUUUCAUACAGGUUUCCUCAUGGUUCUAUUUAAAGUCAUGUUCUCAAAUUGUUCAGAGAACGUUAAGAAAACGUAUUAUAAAAACCACAAGAAAAAGUUUAGUAACGUUCAAAUUGUAUUUUAUUUGUCACAUGCGCCAAGUACAACAGGUGUAGACUUUACCGCGAAAUGCUUACUGAUGAGCACUUUCUCAACACUGCAGUUAAAAAGAAAGAAAAGAUUAGCAAAAAUAAUAAUAGAUAAAAUAGUAACACAAUAAAAUAACAAUUACAACGCUAUAUACAAGGAGUGCCGGUACCGAGUCAAUGUGCAGGGGUACGAAGUAGUUGAGGUAAUUGAGGUAAUAUGUACAUGUAGGUAGAGGUAAAAGUGACUAGGCAAUCAGGAUAGAUAAUAAACAGAGUAGCAGCAGCCAAUGUGAAGAGUGUGAAAGUGUGUGUGUGUGUGGCGUCAAAAUGCAUGUGUGUUUUGUGAGCGAAUGUAGUGUGUGUGCGUGUAUGUGUGUGUUGGAGUGCCAUUGAAGUGUGUGUGAGUAUGCGGGUAGAGUCCAGUGAGUGUGAAUAGAGCUAGUGCAAGAAUGUCAGUCCAAAAUAAAAUAAAAUGGGGUAGCCAUUUGAUUAACUGUUCAGCAGUCUUAUGGCUUGAGGGUAGAAGCUGUACAGGAGCCUUUUGGUCCCAGACUUGGCGCUCCGGUACCACUUGCCGUGCGGUAGCAGAGACAGCAGUCUACGACUUCGGCGGCUGGAGUCUUUGACAAUUUUUUGGACCUUCCUCUGACACCGCCUGGUAUAGAGGGACUGGAUACAGGGAGCUUGGCCCCAGUGAUGAACUGGGCCAUAUGCACUACCCUCUGUAGCGCCUUGCGGUCAGAUGCCAAGCAGUUGCCAUACCAAGCGGUGAUGCAGCCAGUCAAGAUGCUCUCAAUGUUGCAGCUGUAUAACUUUUUGAGGAUCUGAGGGCCCAUGCCAAAUCUUUUCAGCCUCCUGAGGGGGAAGAGGCAUUGUCGUGCCCUCUUCACGACUGUGUUGGUGUGUUUAGACCAUGAUAGGUCCUUAGUGAUGUGGACACCAAGGAACUUGAAGCUCUCGACCCGCUCCACUACAGCCCUGUUGAUGUGAAUGGUGACGUGCACGGCCCUCCGUUUCCUCUAGUCCACGAUUAGCUCCUUUUUCUUGCUGACGUCGAGGGAGAGGUUUUUGUCCUGGCACCACACUGCCAGGUCGCUGACCUCCUCCCUAUAGGCUGUCUCAUCGUCGUAGGUGAUAAGGCCUACUCCCGUCGUGUCGUCGGCAAACUUAAUGAUGGUGUUGGAGUUGUGCGCAGUCAUGCAGUCGUGGGUGAACAGGGAGUACAGGAGGGGACUAAGCACACACCACUGAGGGACCAUUUGAAUAGACUAAAAUGAACAGCUUUGAAUGUGUAAAAAAACAUGGCAUGCUAGCUCCAUCCUGGUGGUGCAGUGGACUAAUUCCAUGGAUAGAGAACAAAAUAUUGUAGGUUUGAAUCUCACUGAUGCCUUGUCACAAUAAAAAAGAAAUGUGUUUGCAUGAUUCAUGCCUAAGGAAAUGAAUUUGCAUGUGUCCUAUCUGUGCUUAGAGUUUAAAAAAAAGUUUACCCUAAAUAAGCUAGUAGUGUUAUUAGAAGUCUUAUUGAAACAUUCAGUGAACGUUUUAAGGAAGUUAUUCAAAAACCUGAAAAUUACCUAUAAUUUCCGUUCUCAGAGCGUUAAUAAUACCUCCCAGGAAAACUUUUAAGGAACCAGUGAAAUCCUAAGCUGUAAACAGGUAUAUUGUGCACUGUAUAUUUGUAUUCUUAUUUCCCACCAGGACUGUGGUUAUGGAAGUGGAUGGUCGGCUUAUUGCAUCCCCUGUAGUGUCAAGACUUAUAAAGAGGGUCGGGGUUACCACAACUGCAGAUUCUGCCAGUCGUGUAAACGCAUAAACAGGCACCAGAAGUCACUGUGCACCUCUAAGAGCAAUGCUGUCUGUGGGGAGUGCUUGCCAGGGUUUGUACGGUACAUUAUCUAAUUGCAUUCUUACAUAUAGCAUCUACAGAUCUUUACUUAAGACGUAGCUGUGCUUUUAAGUCAUAAAAGCUCUUAAUUCAGAACAUGUGGACUUGGAGUUUUAUUAGCUUGUUUACUUGAAGUACAACUAUUUCCGACUUUUUUUUCCUGCUUUAAUUUAAUCUGAUUGCAGCUUCUACAGUAAGACACGGAUGGAUGGCUUGCAGGACUUGGAAUGCAUGCUGUGUGGUCCCUCCUCCACUACUGAGCAACAGUGCAGCCGUAAGUCUCAGAAAAGGUUGGCCCAGGACUCUGAGAAAGAAAAACCACUUCAGAACCGUUGUUGUAUGAGUCAGUUGUGUAGCCUACUGUAAUAUUUGAAAAUUACCUCCAUUUACUGGAAACAUAAUUACCCAUUUUGUUGUGUACAAUUGUUGCCGUGGAGAAUGCAUUGUUUGGGUUAUGAGAUAUUCAAGAAUUACAACACUGUUCUUUAUUAAUAGAAUAGUGUUACUGUCAUUUUAUUUGCCAAUGUAUCAAACUCAGCCUUGCGCAGCACCGACCUCAAUGCUUCUAUUUUGCAGGAAGCAGAGGAGUUGAUGUGGGAAAAGUCUGGAGCCCAGAAGGCCCAGCCCAAAAUGCUGCUGUUGUCACCACCAUUUCUGUCGCCCUGGUUACCAUGAUAAUCAUCCUCUCCGCUACCUUAUUUAUAUACUUCAGACAUACCUUACUAAAGAAAAUAUUUAGAGGUAUCUCAUGAUCUGCACACAAAUAUCUCCUUUAAUUGUUGCAUGAGAUGUUCACACAACUGCUGAUGAAACUGUAAUAAUGUGGGUUCCGUCAAUGUGUUUGUUGGAAUCGCUUUUAUAGUAACAUGCAGGGUACAGGUAAUCCUCCUCAAACUGUGCCUCUAUUAGCUCAUGAAUGAUAUUCUCUCUCUGAAAGGAUGCCUGGCUCCUCAAAGCACAAGUCAGAGUGACAUGGCGUGUGCAGCAUCCCCAGUGAACGGGGUCACACUGAAUCUGGAGCAGCAAAGCCAGGACUCAGGUAAUUAUAAGAGUAGAACAGCACCCACCAUGAUGUAUUAAACAGCACAUUAUUUACACUAUAAAUAAGUAUACCAAACAUUAGGAACACCUUCCUAAUAUUGAGUUGCCCCCCCCCCCCCCCCUCCCUUUUGCCCUCAGAACAGCCUCAAUUCGUCGGGGCAUGGACUCUACAAGGUGUUGAAAGCGUUCCACAGGAAUGCUGGCCCAUGUUGACUCCAAUGCUUCCCACAGUUGUGUCAAGUUGGCUGGAUGUCCUUUGGGUGGUGGACCAUUCUUGAUACACAUGGGAAACUGUUGAGCGUGAAAAACCUAGCAGCGUUGCAGUUCUUGACACAAACUGGUGCACCUGGCACCUACUACCAUACCUCGUUCAAUGGCACUUAAAUAUUUUGUCUUGCCCAUUCACCCUCUGAAUGGCACACAUAAACAAUCCAUGUCUCAAUUGUCUCAAGGCUUAUAAAUCCUUCUUCAACUUGUCUCCUUCCCUUCAUCUACAUUGAUUAAAGUAGAUUUAACAAGUGACAUCAAUAAGGGAUCAUCGCAUUCACCUGGUCAGUCUACUGUAUGUCAUGGAAAGGGCAGAUGUUCUUAAUGUUUUGUAUACUCAGUGUAUAUCUCACUAGAACAGACAUAACACAUGUUGAAUAAGGGCCGUAACCCUUUCCACUCACAGCCCCUGUCAUCCCGUAUAUGGGUUGAAAAUGGCAGAUUUUGUAAUUGAUAAGCGCCUAAAUUGGAAUGCAGUGACUGUACAAUAACAUGCUAUGCAUGACGUCAGAGCUCAGGUACUACGUUUCACAGCGCUGUGUGGGUUCUGACUGACAGCCGUUAUAAACUUGAGCACUGCGUGCGACAAGAAGAUUCUCCCAUCCCUCUCGCUAAUUGGGCUACUUUUGCACAUUUGUUGUCUGAAUGAGGGAAAUGCUGUAAAUCGAGAGUCGGUGUGUUUUGAAAGAUGGGACGGACGUUGAGGAUUAUAGUAAAUACCGCUUUGAUGUCAUACAAGCAAACCACACAACCGUGAGUCCAAAUGUGCACUUCACAUUUCCAUAUUUAAAAACUAAUGUCCUUUACAGUAUCAGUGUUUAAGAUUGGUAUGGAUGACAUGCGUUAUACCCUGGGUUGUCCUGAACAGAAUGAGCCUAUGCUUGUGUUAUUGUGAAGAAAGUUAGCCUCGGAACAUGCACUUGAAUGCUCUCAUGACUCCAUUCUAUGCGCACCAAAAUUACAAUCUGUUUGUCUGAAGUGCCUUUUGAAAGCCUAACACUGUAAAAUCAUAUUUUAUAACUUAGCUAGCCAUGUUGGCAAUAUAAUAAGAUUUCAAACGAUGCCCACCUGACAUAGAUUGCGAUUUAUAAUAGAACGUUUUUGGAUUGCGUAAACAACAACCGUAAUUGUGAUGGUGGUGACGCAGGGCUGUGUUCCUAACAAAACACUAUAAGUGUGCUUGCUUCAGUUCCUCAAUGGCAAAGCUAGGAGAGCUAAAAAAAAAAAAAAGAAACACCUUAGUGUUGAAGGCUCUUUCCUUCAGUCAUAUAAGUGCAUUGAAAUUACUUAGGAACUGUGCACAGUUUGGAGAGGUGUGCGGCCACUUGGAGACACCAGUUAGACCUCUCACUCAAACCCUUGUAAUAGUUUUUUCUUAUCUUGCAUCUACUCCAAAAUGUCAAUGAAUAUUGUUAUUAUAUUAAUGACUGUAUCCAGAGUAUUUUCAGAUUUUGUUAUUGAUAAAUGCUGUGAAAAGUGCAGUAAAUGUUAAAUGCACAUAAAAUCAACAGUGUAAUGUUUGGAUUCAGCCUUGUGUCAGGUGAACUGUUGUGUCCUCACCUUUGGUCUGAUAAUUUCCCCAUACUCUCCAAAGUAUUCCCUUUCAUUUGCUACCAUGGGCAUGCAUAUGCUUUCAUAAUUAUUCUGUUAGAAUCAUUUCAAUUUGGCUCUAUGGGUCCUUUGUAGCUCAGUUGGUAGAGCAUGGUGCUUGUAACGGCAGGGUAGUGGGUUUGAUUCCUGGGACCACCCAUAUGUAAAAUGUAUGCACGCAUGACUGUAAGUUGCUUUGGAUAAAAGCCUCUGAUGAAUGGCAUAUUACAUUUUCCAUAUAGGUCAAUUCCCACUAGUGUAACGGGUUAAACAUUCCCUAAUUGACUCAUAUUAUAGUACAUUGGCGAAUGCAUGGUUGAUUAGGGGUUUGUUAGGGUACUAAUGUAACCAUCUGAUGACCUGUCUUCUUACAGGUGUAUGUGGUAACUCUACCACCACUGCAGACACGUUGGCCAGACUGCAGUCCAAAGUGGACAUGAUUGUCCCUCUGGGGUCCAUUCUACUAAGCCCUAACCUUAAAACUCAGGACCACAUCAGCCUGCUGGAGACCCAGCCGCUGGUGCGUAACUCCACCUGCAAUAACUGCUCCUCUGGGUUUGUCUCUCAGAUAUCCUCUGAGCCGCCCUCAAUCAGUAGUGAUGUCUCACUCACAGUGGAGACCCCUGUGGGUCCAGUAGACAGUGGGGAGUCUGAGGCAGGGUCCUUUUUCCGGUUCCUGCAGAGCAGUGAGGGUUACUGUGCCUCUGAGCUGAAGCAUUUACCAGUGGAGUGCACUGAGCUAGACUUCCACAGCACUGCAGCCUCAACACUGGCCCUCCACAUUGCCACAGACCCAGAAUGUAGCUCUGUGAGCCUGGGGAUUACGGCGAUAUCCGGGAUUAGAGAUGGCCCCCCCGGAGACGGGUCAGGAGGAAGACAACUGAGGAGUCCAUUUGCCUGCCCAGAGGAGCAAACUGACAGCUGUUGGAGCAGCCAUCAACAACCCUGCAACAGCAGUAAUGCGGUAAUUACCCUUAGGAAAGACAGGGCUGUGCCACCUGUUCCUCUCACACAGACAAGCUUUUACUCAGCAGUAGAGAGUUGGAGUGACCAGUCGCUAGACUUAGCUGUAUUUUAUGCUCAUACAGCAAAUGUUAAAAGCAAAUGUCACCUUUAAUUUUACUCUUUAAGGUGUGGCCAUGGGGUGCAAUGUAAAGACAACACACACACACACAAUACACACACUGAUCUCAUAAAAUAUGAGUUGUGAUAUCCUCCCAUUAUAGGCAAGGUACUGGAUGCCUCUAGAGACAUUUGUCCAUGUUUCCCACUUGUCAUUUCACACAUAAUUAGCUAGAUAUGCCAAAUUAAGUUUACAGCUUCACUCAUUUAGUAGAGGAUGUUUCCCUGAACUGUCACGUUCGUUGAAUGACGGGUCAGACCAAGGCGCAGCGUGAUAUACGUACAUGUUUAUUAACUUAUAAACACAACGACAAAACAACAACCGAAACGAAACGAAACGUGAAGUCCUAAGGUAGACACACAGCAAACCUUAACCGGAACAAGAUCCCACAACUAGACAGUGCCAAUAGGCUGCCUAAGUAUGGUCCCCAAUCAGAGACAACGAGCGACAGCUGCCUCUGAAUGGGAACCACACCGGCCAACAUAGAACUAUACAUACUAGAUCCCACACAUAGAAAAAGCACAACAAGGAAUAUACACACCCUGACUCAACAUAUAAGAGUCCCCUGAGUCAGGGCGUGACAUGAACAAAGCAAAAAUGUAUUCAUAAUAUUUAUAUUUUAAUGCUGGAGCACAUCCAACAGAAACAAAAUAAAACAUUGGUUAUUGUCAAAAGACCACAAUACACAUAUUUGUAUUAGGUGAAGUUCUAUUGUUGUUGGUUGUUGUUGUUGUUGUUGUUGUUGUUGUGGCUAGGGAUUCAGUUGAGAUACAUAUUCACAGAAUCACAAUUUUGUUCUGGAUGGUUCUGUAUUUUAAAGUUAAUGUAGCAGUUUCUAACAGGAGUAGUUUUAAAAGUAGUUUUUCAUUACGUCUUGCUGGUUUAAAAAAGUUUCUUUAUCUUGGCCAAGAGGUAUAGUCCAAAAUACAAUAUCUUACUGUUCUACAGGCCACAUGGAGAAAUAGACAAUCAUUGUGCCAAUAGACUUAGGUGCAUACUUGGCACCAUUGGCAAAAUGUUCAAAAAGAGGAUAAUAUUUUUCCCUUUACAUCAGGGAUAGGCAACUGACCCCUUUUGAAGGCCCUCGGAUACAUUUGUAUGAUUUUUUUGUGAACUCUGUCACACCCUGGCUCUGGGACUCUAUAUGUUGAGCCAGGGUGUGUUCAUUCGAUGCGUUCUGUUUCUUUGUUUGGGUGUUCUAGGUUGUCUGUGUCUAUGUUUGCCUGUGUGACUCCCAAUCAGAGGCAACGAGUGUCAGCUGUCGGCUGGUUGUCUCUGAUUGGGAGCCAUAUUUAAACUGUAUGUUUUCCCUUGGGUGUGUUAUUGAUUUUUGUCAUUCGUGUAUAGGGCGUGAUUCCUGUAUUUCGCUCGGUUGAGCUUCCCUCCACUGUUGGAGUAUUUACGCACCUGUUUGUGCGCUUUUGUUUUGUUCGCCUUCGUGCGUAUUUCGCCUUCGGGCAAGAGUUGACCUAUUGCCGGGUUUGGCGAUCACUAAAGUCUGUUGGACUAUCCGUCUGUGUCCUGCGUUUGAUUCCACCACUGCACCCACCUACAGCACGCGCUGACAGAAAAACCCACCAUACAACGACCAAGCAGCGUGUCCAGGAACACACGCAGGAGGUGACGCUGGUGGAUGUCCUCCUCGGUUGGGGGCAGAUUACCGAGGAGGAGGCCGUCCGGUACCGGAGGGCUAUGAAGGGGGAGACCCAGGCAGGAGAGGAGCAGCGGCGUCAGCAGUGCCAUCGUCGGACGGAUGAGAGGCACCCCCAAUAAUUUUUUAGGGGGAGGGGCACACGGCGUGGGCGACUGGGCAGCAGGAGGCUGCCACAGGGCGAAAUAGGAGACGAGGAGAGAAGGCCACCGGGUUACGGGAGCCAUUGGCGAGAGGAGGGAAGGAAGUCGUAGAGGCACGGCGAGAGGUACUGAGGUGUAUUGCCAGUCCGGUCCGGCCCGUUCCUGAUCCCCGUUUAAAGCCAGUGGUGUGUGUUCCCAGUACGGUCCGGCCUGUCCCUGCUCCACGCACCAAGCCUACGGUGUGCGUCGACAGCCCAGCCCGGCCUGUCCCUGCUCCACGCACCAAACCUACGGUGUGCGUCGCCAGCCCUGCCCGGCCUGUUCCUGCUCCACGCACCAAGCCUACGGUGUGCGUCGACAGCCCAGCCCGGCCUGUCCCUGCUCCACGCACCAAACCUACGGUGUGCGUCGCCAGCCCAGCCCGGCUUGUUCCUGCUCCACGCACCAAGCCUACGGUGUGCGUCGCCAGCCCUGUCCGGCCUGUCCCUGCCCCACGCACCAAACCUACGGUGUGCGUCGCCAGCCCAGCCCGGCCCGUUCCUGCUCCACGCACCAAGCCUAUGGUGUGCGUCGCCAGCCCUGCCCGGCCUGUUCCUGCUCCACGCACCAAGCCUACGGUGUGCGUCGCCAGCCCUGUCCGGCCUGUCCCUGCUCCACGCACCAAGCCUACGGUGUGCGUCGUCAGCCCAGCCCGGCCUGUCCCUGCUCCACGCACCAAGCCUACGGUGUGCGUCGCCAGCCCUGUCCGGCCUGUCCCUGCCCCACGCACCAAACCUACGGUGUGCGUCGCCAGCCCAGCCCGGCCCGUUCCUGCUCCACGCACCAAGACUACGGUGUGCGUCGCCAGCCCUGCCCGGCCUGUUCCUGCUCCACGCACCAAGCCUACGGUGUGCGUCGCCAGCCCUGUCCGGCCUGUCCCUGCUCCACGCACCAAGCCUACGGUGUGCGUCGUCAGCCCAGCCCGGUCUGUCCCUGCUCCACGCACCAAGCCUACGGGGUGCGUCGCCAGCCCGGCCCGGCCUGUCCCUGCUCCACGCACCAAGUCUACGGUGCGCGUCGCCAGCCCGGUCCGGCCUGUUCCUGCCACUCGCACCAAGUCUACGGUGCGCGUCGCCAGCCCGGCCCGGCUCGUUCCUGCCACUCGCACCAAGCCAGGGGUGCGAGUCGUCAGUCCGGCACAACCCGUGCCUGGGUCAUCGGUGCCAGAUCAGGUACCGCUUUAUUGCUCCCCAACGGAGCUGAAGCUAGCCGCUCCUGCUACGUCCAGGUCAGCUCCAGCCAGCGGAGCCAGACUGGACCAGGGGCGCUAUGGGGGGUUCAUUGGAGGGUGGUGGUCAAGGCCGGAGGCAGAACCGCCGCCGAGGAGGUAUGCCCGCCCAGCCCUCCCCUGUUUUGCUUUAGUUGAGGCGCGGUCGCAGUCCGCGCCUUUAGGGGGGGGUACUGUCACACCCUGGCUCUGGGACUCUAUAUGUUGAGCCAGGGUGUGUUCAUUCGAUGCGUUCUGUUUCUUUGUUUGGGUGUUCUAGGUUGUCUGUGUCUAUGUUUGCCUGUGUGACUCCCAAUCAGAGGCAACGAGUGUCAGCUGUCGGCUGGUUGUCUCUGAUUGGGAGCCAUAUUUAAACUGUAUGUUUUCCCUUGGGUGUUGUGGGUUUUUGUUCCGUGUCGGUAUUGUUAACCGUGGACUUCACGAGUCGUGUUUUGUUUGAUACUUUAAUUAAAUAAAGUCAUGUUUGUUUCACACGCUGCGCCUUGGUCCGCUUCCUUAGACGAUCGUGACAAACUCAGUCGGAGUCUCACCUACUGUUGCAAGUUAGAAUAGUAGAAUACACAAGGUGCAAUUUCGAAAUGUGGUUGUGCAUCAGCAGUGUUUCUCUUGUUAUGUCAGUCACUGACAGUCAGUCACUCAAUUAGCCCAUGUCAACUAACAUUUCUUAGAUUGGUAAACUAGUCUAGCGACCUGCUAUCUAAACUUAGUAAUCAUGGUCGAAUUACCGGCCGGGGGGGGCACCCAUUGAUUUUGUUAGUCAGUCUCACUCAGAUAUCAUAUUAAAGCUUCAAACAUUUCUCUCCACCCUAUGGAAAAUUUUGUAGAAUUGCAUGAAAUUAGUUAGAAAAUUGCUAAAUCUUCUCUCCGCCCCAUGGCAAAAUGUGUAGAAUUGCAGCAAACUUGCUUUAAAACUGCAACAUUUUCACUACGCCCAUGGCAAAAUGUGUAGAAUUGCACGAAAUUAACUCUAAAACCUUACAUUUUACGUUUUAGAGGGGGGUCCACUGAGGGGGUCCACAGAGGAUGAAGUUAUUUGCACACUGUCACUGUCCACGACACAUUCUCAAAUGUUGAAUAUAGAAACAGCAUAACAGAAUAGUUAACCUCUGGUGGGAGGCUAACCAGUGGUAAGUGGGCAGUGGGAUCUGUGCUGUGUCAUAGCUCAGCUUUUUUAAUGCCAUAAUUUCCCCAUUGGCCUGUGUAUCUUCUGUCCAGGUGUCCGUCUAGGCAGGCUGCCACAGGCCUUGGUGGAUUAUCUGGCUCUGAAGCUGGACCCAACGUUCCCAGGAGUACAGAACUACCAGCAGGUGGCGCUGAAGAUGGGCAUACAUCACGAGUUGCUGAAAGGCCUGUGCGGGUUUGAUCACGUCUUUGGGUACCUUUCCUCCUGUACUCUGCUAACAGUACCUGACCUGCUCCACACGUUCUACCUCCUGCAGCGGCUCGACACCCUGCUCCUGCUGUGUGAAUAUGCCAUGCAGAGCCAGACUCAGCGCCAGGUCACAGGAUGCACAUUUUACUGUUAAUGCUAACAACACUUCUGCCAACAGAGCCCAGAGGGCUGACAUCUACAGGUUAUGAUCAGUAUGCGUACUACUGAAAUAGAACCUACCUGGAACAACGAAACUGCUCAAACUCUCAGGUGGGGAUGUGUAAAUAUUAGUUUUUUAUUCUGAAUGGAUGAGAUUAAAUUUUUUACCUGAAUGUUAAUGUGAUAUAAGCCACUGUACGUUUCAGUUAUUUUGUCAUGCAGCAAAUGCUAUGCAUGAAAAUGAUGCAUUCAUAUUUUAAAAGUUUGUCAGAAGAUAAAUCAUUUUAAAUGCAUAAGUACUGUACAAACAGUGUUAAUUGUAUGGAAAAUGUAUGCACUCACU